AGAAACAACUUGGCUCGACUGAGAAAGGGAAAGAGAGAAAAAGAAAGUCCAUUAGCUACAGAAAACAAAGAAAAAUUACAGGUAAAAAGAAAUAUGGAGAUUGAAGAAAUGAGCAGCUCUGAGGCACUGCCCCUUCUGUCGUUGAAUCAUGUGUCAUUGUCCUGUAGAUCUGUCUGGGCUUCUACCUAUUUCUAUGAAGAAGUUUUGGGCUUUGUUCAAAUCAAACGACCUUCUUCUUUGAAGUUUAAUGGAGCUUGGUUGUACAAUUACGGCGUCGGAAAACAAAUACAUUUGAUUGAGAAUAUAGCCCUUGAAGAAUUUGAUCCUAUUAUUGAACCACGUCCUAUUAAUACCAAGGAUAAUCACAUCUCUUUCCAGUGCACAGAUAUAGGGGUUGUGAAGAGGAGGUUGCAAGGAUUGGGAAUAAGGUAUGUGACAGCAACUAUUGAUGAUGAUGAUGGGAAUAGAGUGGAUCAAAUUUUCUUCCAUGACCCAGAUGGGUACAUGAUUGAAAUAUGCAAUUGUGAAAAUAUCCCAAUCACUCCAAUUUCUUCUCGCUUUUUCAACUUCAACCCUAGAAGUAUGAGAAGCUUCAAGAGGGCAGUAUCCAACAUAGAGAAUGUAUUGAUUGGAAGCUUUUUUAAAAUAUUAAAGUGGGUAUUUAAGAAGUCAUUCAAUUUUUUAACGUAUCUCUUAGUUCUUCCUAGGUAAUUUAAGUUCAUUUAAGUGUCUUUUUAAGUAAAAAAAAGAGUAUUUUACUUAGUUUAGCUAGGAGUCCAUUGAUUAGGUUUUCCUGAUAUUGAUUCUUUUUGUUCUUUGCCAAUAUGUAAGAGAAGAACCAUAAGUUUUUGUUCCUUUUAGUAAUACAUCUCUCUUAGGAGUUUUAUUUUAUUAAGUUGUUUUUCUUUCUUA